AUGGCGGGUACCUCUACCAGAUGGAAGCUCACCGGCGCCGUGCACGACCUCGACGUGACCAGACGAACGGUGGAGAACGCGGAGAGCCGUGCGCGUCUUCAGGCAAAGACCAGCGCCUCGAAACUGUCCCGCGGAAAUAGCCGGCAGUAUGCACAGGCGCUGCAUCGUCAGGCGGACGAGCUCUGCCAGCGAAAUUCAUCGAUCCAAAUUGCAAACAGUGGCGAAUACGAGUCGGCAUUGGUGCUGUACCAUCGAGCAGCUAUUGUGUGCCCGCAUGACAGCAGCCAUAGCGCGGCGGCGCGACGCACCGCGGCUACGAUAAGCUCGUGGAAUAAUUCGGAAAAAAGCCCGGCGAUGGAUGACGCAAUUUCGAGGAUGACCGCGAGCCGCGAGAGCGUGACCCUGAAAGCGCGCGACGCCUCGAGGUCCUUUGACAACCUGUCGAUUAUCCCCGACGUUCUCAAGAAUCUUGAAACUAACGAAUUGAUGAAGGUUACUAAGUAUCUCGAUGGUUCACGAGGGAUCAAAGAGUUUUUCUUCCUCUUUCACCUUAGAUAUCUCGAUAGCCACGGGAAGACCUCCCACAAAAUUUUCCCCGCGACGGGGCCGCUGGCCGCCAAACUAAUUCGAUCCGGGACGAUGCUGAAGCACGUCAAUAGUCGCGCCAACGCCAUGCUGAAGAGCUUGAAGGCUAACUUCGACGCUGGCAAGAUGCGGACCUCUCUGAGACUCGCCGAGGACCUGCUGACCUUGUCUUCCGGCCUGGCGGAUCCAUGCCGGCACGGAAUACCGGUGUACCGGUACCUGGCCCUGAUCCACGCGGCCCUGGGGAGACACGACCGAGCGUGCGGUAGCGUCGCUAAGCUGGUAAGGCUGUCGAGGAGCACCGGGGACGUCGUGCUGCUGUCGCAGGCUCUCAUGAUCCUGGUCAGGGUGCACCUCAGCUUCGGCCAUCUAGAGGCAGCCGCACGGGCUCUGGAAAAUCUGUCGGUCCACGUCGAUCAUCCGGUGCCGCGUGCCUGGCUCCACCACGAGAUUGGACGCUGCCAUUUGGAGACGGGGAAGUACGUCAAGGCGUUGCGCAAGGCGACGCAGUGCCGGGAGUGCGCGGAGGAGGCGGGCUCGAAGAAGUGGACCUUCCACGCCGACCUGCUGCGGGCGCAGUGCCUGGCGAUGCUGGGUCGUUUCGCCGGUGAUGAUUCUAUUUCUCAAACCGUCGUUCCAAGUCUUUCCGGGAGCGCAUCCCUUUUCUUCUUGUUCUUCUUCUUUCUAGCCCAAUUUCUUAGCCCAACGAGUCCUAUGAGUCGAACAAAGUUGUGACGCGCCGCUGCUAGAAUUGCUCAUAUCCCUUUCUCUCUCUUUCUCUUUCUCUUUAUCUUUUCUUCUUUCUUCUUUCUCUUCCUUUUUUAUUGGAAUUUCAGCAAAGUUUUCAAAAGGUAACUUCUAGCCUUCGAAAUUUUCCCAGGAUAUAACAUCGUGAUCUUUCGCCAUUUUCGUUUUACUACGAAGAGUGUAACGCACAAUUUUCCGUAAUUUUUACGUUUUAUCUGAAGCGCUUGAAAAAAAUGUAUCGUGUAAAACGUCUGGUUAUAUCAGAACUGUGUGACUGAGCAAAAAAGGAAACAGGAAAGGAAAGAGGAGCAGAGUGAAAUAUAUAACACCUUUCUCUCUGACGUACACGCUGACGUUUUUAUCACGAGGAAUUUUCAUCUCACUGUGUCGGUGAGAAAGUGUCACAAUGCAGACCGCGGUUGAAAUAUCUAUAAACAACGAUACGCAAUAUUAUAGUAAAAAAUGUAAUAUAACUUUAUCCUGGGAAUAAGAUAAAAAAAUAAUAUUUAGAGAAAGGUCAUCAAUACUAGCAUAAAUUUUCUAAAAAGCGACACUCCUUUAUUUUAAAAAUUAAACAUUCAAACUGAUAAAACAUAAUCUGCUUAAAUAAUUUUAGAGUGUGGUAGGAACUAGUUAAAAAGUUAAAAAUCAAAUAAUAAAAUUAAAGGUUAAUAAUUUUUAACUUUCAAUUUAAU